GCCACAGGCCUCUCCUGUGAGACAAUGCGUAUCGUACUGGAACGUUGUUGCAAUGAUUUGCGGUUGCUUUCUGUACCUAACAAAACACUGAAGGCAGAAGGGUUCUUCAGGAGUAAUAAGAUAUUUGUUGAAAGCUCAGACAUCCAGGAUAAUCAAACAACUUUCACUGAGUCGCAACUGUGGCAUCUACUAGACCAGCAUGCCAAUACAAUUCGACUGUAUGUUUCAUUGCCAGUACAGUCACCGGGGUCCCAAGGACUAAGGUAUCAUCACCAAAAAGCUGCAGGGGAUCCAGGCAGCCAAGAGGACAGCUAUGAAUGUGCGAAAGAGUCUCCAACCCACAGAAAACCUGUGGAAGCCAUUUUAAAAGAAAGCACAGAGAAAUUGAAGAACUUGUCAUUGCUACAGCAACAGCAGUCGUCCUGCACUCCAGGAGAAAAUGGUGAUGGUCUCAAAAGUGCAGAAGGCAGUGAUUUUGAAACCAUUGAGUCACCAUCACAAGAGGCUGACUCUUCAACCUCUGUGGACAACAGGGAACUGGAAAACCGGAUUCCCUCCUCUGGUCCAGAGACCCCACUCCAGUCAGAAGAACGGUCAGAUUCUGAUGUAAACAAUGACCGAAGCACGAGCUCCGUGGAUAGUGAUAUCCUCAGCUCUAGCCACAGCAGUGACACUUUGUGCAAUGCAGAAACAGCACCUAUGCCCCUGACAAAUGGGCUGGACUCUCACAGCAUCACAUACAGCCGCCGCUCAAAGGCCAAUGAAGGGAAGAAGGAAACAUGGGAUACGGCAGAGGAGGAUUCCGGGACAGACAGUGAAUAUGAUGAAAAUGGGAAGGCCAGGGGAUUGACACGGUACAUGUACUUCAAAGCAGACCAGUGCACUUCUGAAAAUGGAUCAGGUUUGUUGGUGUUUGUUGAUAAACGCAUCACAUUGGCUGCCUUUAAGCAGCAGUUGGAGCCAUAUAUUGGAGUUCCAUCAUCCCAGUUUAAAGUCUUCCGGGUGUAUGCUAACAAUCAGGAGUUUGAGAGUGUUCGAUUAAAUGAGACUCUUUCCUCAUUCUCUGAUGACAACAAG